AUGUUGAGAUUGAAAAGAUCGCCAGUUCUGGCCUCCAAGCAGCUCAAAAGCGCGCUAGACAGUCACGGUUUCCAAGUGACCACUUACGCCAGGCCUCAGGACCUCCUGGUCACCAGAGGGAAGGACUGCACGCUUUUCGAUGAUCUUCACAACAAAAGCUACAUCGAUUUCACCGCAGGUAUCGCGGUCACAUCCUUGGGUCACUCGAAUGAAGGCGUGGCCCGUGUGCUGUGUGAACAAUCCAAGAAGCUCAUCCACAGCAGCAACCUCUACUACAACCCUGAGUGCUUGGAAUUGAGUAAGAAAAUCGUGGACAAGACAAAAGAGCUAGGUGGCCAGCACGACUGCAGCAAGGUGUUCCUGUGUAGCACUGGUACUGAAGCGAAUGAGGCUGCGUUGAAAUUCGCUAAAAAACACGGUUCGCUGCUGGGUCCUAAGAAACACGGCAUCGUGGCAUUCGAGAAUUCGUUCCACGGUCGUACCAUGGGUGCUUUGUCUGUGACAAGCAACCCCAAAUACAGAUUGCCUUUCGGUGAUCUUGUCCCAGGCACUUCCUUCCUCAACAUACAUGACGAACUGACAUCCUUUGCAGACUACAUCACAUCGAAAAAAGAUGAAAUAGCUGGUUUGAUUGUCGAGCCAGUUCAAGGAGAAGGUGGCGUGUUCCCAGUUCCUACAGAGAAACUUAUUGGUUUGAAGCAAAUCUGCGCCGAAAACGACGUUGUGGUGAUUCAUGACGAAAUUCAAUGUGGAAUGGGUAGAACCGGGAAGCUGUGGGCCCAUGCCUACUUACCAAAGGAAGCACACCCCGAUAUUUUUACCUCGGCCAAGGCUCUCGGAAACGGGUUCCCCAUUGCUGCCACUAUGGUGAAUGAGAAGGUCAACAACGCUCUGCAAGUGGGAGACCACGGCACAACUUAUGGCGGCAAUCCAUUGGGUAGCGCAGUAGGAAAUUACGUUCUAGAAAUUAUUGGCGAACGCGAAUUCUUGCAGGAUGUUCUGAACAAGGGUGAGAUUUUCAAGAAACGCCUUUCAAGUUUGAAGGACAGGUUCCCAGAACACAUCAAAGACGUUAGAGGACGUGGCCUAAUGAUCGGGGCAGAGUUUGCUGAGCCACCUAAAGAACUAAUAAACAGAUGCAGAGGGCUUGGACUUUUGGCUAUAACUGCUGGUAAGUCGACAGUGAGAUUCGUUCCCCCUCUAACUAUCACGGAAGAUGAGAUUAACGAGGGUCUCACCAUUUUUGAAAAAGCUGUUGAGGACAUCUACAACUAG